UCAGACUCUGGCAUGUCAUCAAUGUUGUCCCCGCCGGUAAAGAAGAGGAAGAUAGUGGCGCCGCAAUCGCAGUCGGCAUCGGCCUCGUUUCAGUCGCUUCCCGAUGAUUUGAUAUUGAGCAUCGUCGCUCGCGUCCCGAGAUUGUACCAUCGGACAGUCUCGCUCGUCUGCAAGAGCUUUCGAUCUCUUCUAGUUUCACCGGAGCUUUACAAGGCCCGAUCAGUCUCAGGCCACACCGAGAGCUGUCUCUAUCUGUCCAUAGCGUGUUAUCCUGAUUAUCGCAUGUUCACCCUCUGCCGGAAACCUGAUCAAACCCUAACCACCAGUGAGGAGGAGGAGAAGAAGAAAUCAAAUGGUUAUUAUUUGGCUCCAGUCCCAGAUCCAGAUUCUCAUCCUGUCUACUUCUCGAGUCUCGUCACGGUUGGUUCUGAUAUCUACAACAUUGCCGGUUCGCACGCCUCCUCUAACGUCUCGAUUCUGGAUUGCCGGUCAAACACGUGGCGCGAGGCUCCGAGAUUGGGCGUGGAGCUAACCUCAGUUUCUGCUAGCGUCCUUGAUCGAAAGAUAUUUGUAGUAGGAAUGUACGCAGAUGAUGAAGAAUCUGAAUCCAAGAACGACUUCUUUGAGGUGUUGGACACAGAAACACACACUUGGGAUCCUCAGCCCUUCAAUUGCAGCGAGACAAAAGACAAGUUUUUAAACUGCAGAACCGCAUUUAUUGACGGAAAGUUCCUCGUGAAACCUUGGAUUCAUAGAGGGGUGGUUGCUUACAAUUCCAAGGAAAGUAGAUGGGAACCGGUUCAAACGAAGAUGGCUAUGUCCAUGUUUAAUGAUUCUUAUUGCCAGAUACACAAUGUUAUCUACUUAGCUUUUGACGGAAGGAUCAGAUGGUAUGACGAUGCGCUAAACUGUUGGGGAGACGUCCAGGGUUUGCUAGAACUGGGUAACAUCCCUCAUGGUCCUUCUUGUGUUAGAUUGGCUGAUUAUCGUGGAAACAUUGCGGUUUUCUGGUUCAGAUAUUUACCUGAUAAUGAUGACUACAAAUGGAAGAUGAUUUGGUGUGCCGAGAUUGCGCUUGAAAGACGCACUAGUUGGGAGAUUUGGGGGAAAGUUUUGUGGUUUGAUCCUGUUCUUACUGUCCCUGCAGAUUAUGAGUUUGUCAAAGCUCUUGCUGCUACUGUUUGAUCGUGUGUAUUUAUUUGGUAAAAUCACUCUUCUUUCUUUGGAAUGCAUGUGUGUUCUUUCGGUGUAUGCAGCUAUGAUCAAGAAGAAUGACUGUCUCUUGUUUCAUUUGAAAGAAAAACACUAAUAAUAGACUAGAGAAAUGCAUAACAA